AUGAUGCUGCGGCGAGCAGUAACGCAGAUCGCCCGCGCGACGGCCCCUGGCCGUGGCUACGGUGUGCGCUUUGCCACGAUCAAUGGCAACCAAGUGCGCACAGGCAUGGCUCUUGAGAUCGACGGGAAAAUAUACCGCGUGGGCAAGAACCAGCAUGUGAAACCUGGCAAGGGCGGAGCUUACGUCCAGGCGGAGCUCAAGGAGAUCAAGACCGGAUCCAAGAUGAACCGCCGCUUCCGCGCCGCUGAGAGCGUGAACAAGGCGCCGCUUGGUCCGGACGAACCGUUCCAGUUCUUGUACUACAACGGAGCCCACUUGGUCAUCAUGCACAACGGGACCUUCGAGCAGAUGGAGAUCGAGCGCGACUUGUUUUCGGGUCGACAACUGGACUUCCUUCAAGAGGGUAUGACACUGUCGUUGCAGAUCAUUGAGGGUGACGUGCUGUGGGCCAAUAUGCCCGAAUACGUGACGCUCGAAGUGACGAAAACCACCCCGAAAGGUGUGGCGGAUACGGCACUGAGCGUCAAGGACGCGACGCUAGAGAAUGGCGCUGUGGUCAAGGUACCGCUCUUCAUCGAAAUCGGCAACAAGGUCAAGGUGUCCACGGAGGACGGAGUGUACGUUGACAAGCUGUAG